GACACCAAUAAUAUAUAAGCAAAAGUCUAUAGAUAAUUUCCGUCUAUUAGGAGCAGAAAAAGAAACAGGUGCGUUGAAUGAUUUACUUCAUCGUGUCAUGGAGAUUGAAUCCAGAAUCACAAAUAGUAAAACAAUGAUAACUGCUGAAUGUAAGCCUAUUCAUGUAAUAAAGCAGUGUAAAGCCUUUUGCCUUUCAGACCAUUUUCAUUUAUCAACUAUCACUUCUCGUCUUAAUAAUAAUACAAAUGAUGGAUUCAAAGUAAAGCCUACGAAUAGCUCAUUAUUAUUACAUAUACUUGAUAACCAAUAUGGCGGUGAAAUAUAUAUAUUUGAUAACGGCACGUUGACUUGUUGGGGUAUAGAGCAAGAUCGUCAAGAGAUAUUUUUAAACAAUUAUAUUAGAAGUUUAACACCAAAUAAUCAAGUUGAAGAAUCAAUUGAAGUUGCUGAAUAUACGAUUGAUGAAGACGAGAUAACAGAUAUGAAAAAUGGCACAAUCUUACUAAAUCCAGAUCUUCCUCAAAUUCAAUUAUCCAAAAUUGCAUUUUCUUAUGGAUUAGGUCGUGCAGCUAAAUUAACCAGCAUUGAGGCUAAUUUAGAUGCUUAUUUAAGCAAAAUGAAUGAAAAGAUAUUAACAGAUAAUAACGAGAAAAGGAUAGAUGACAAGAAUUAUACUGCUUUAUCUAUCAUAAAGGAUUAUUUGUUUGUUCGUCACAGAGUCAUUCAAAAUAGUCAAGAUGGUUUUUUAGGCACAACUAGUAAAUUUCAUUGGGAAAAGAAAGAACUUGAAGAAUGUGUAAGAAAAGUGUCAUAUCGAUUUGAUAUAGACGCAAGAAUUACUAUUCUGAAUAAGAAAUUAGAUUAUGCAAAGGAAAUCACAAGCAUUUACAAAGAAUUCUUUAUAGUAUGAAUAAAAUAGAUGUAGCAUAUGGCGUAUAAGCAUAUUUCAUAUGAGAGACUUAAAGUUUAAAUUU